AUGUCAGACUUGGCUGCACAAUAUCAAAAAGUUCAAGGUGAUCUGGAAGAUCUGAUAAUGAACAGACAAAAGUUAGAGACACAAUUACAAGAAAACAAGAUUGUCACUGAAGAAUUUGAAACUUUAAAAGACGAAACGCCGAUCUAUAAAUUGACUGGCAAUGUUCUCCUUCCUGUAGAACAGGAUGAAGCACGCACUAACGUUGAUAAAAGAUUAGAAUUCAUAAAUGGUGAAAUUGAUAGAUGCGAGAAGAACAUUAAGGACAGACAAGGUGAAUUGGACAGAUUAAGAAACGAAUUGAUGAAACAGACCAAAUAA